AUGGGGCGGUCAGUGCCCUCGCAGGGCCGGCUGGUGUGCGGCUUGAGGGGCACCCUGUUGAAGUGUUGGUCACUGCACGACUGCACCACUGGGCUCCGCACGCGCGCACUGCUCACUCGCGUCGACCGCUACGGACACGUGCACACAGAAACACACGCGGCCGUCGACUACAGUUAUCAGGAUAUGGAAGCUGGAGUAUCUGAAGUUAAAAUUGAGCUCGCAGGUGCAUCAGAUUCCACCCCAGAUCCAGAUCCAACUUCUGGCCCUUCAUCAUCUCCUGAUUCACCAUUGAGUGGUGCAGUACCGGACUUCAAGAGGAAGAGGAACACUUAUCGGCCUUACCUAUUUUUUGAGACUGAUUAUGACUUUGGUAAGGGCUGCUAUUGUCAUCGAGCCACAACAUUAUAA